CGCGAUGUUUACCGUGUCAAAAACCCUGGCAACCCAGCUCACGGAGACUAUAAAUUCCCCUGUCGGGGACUAGCUGACCUCAGAGGUGACGUGCAGUAUACCGAUCACUACUCAACAUGUUCAUCGUUUAGCUUGACCCAGCUCUGAAAAUUGCACCGAACCCCUUCUGACGAGAACAUCCCUAGAUUCUCUGCUGAAGUUUACCCCCAGCGUUUGAUGAGAUAAAUAAACAGUCAAGCCGAAAUUCUGGGCAAACUGCGCAACUAUAACUUGCCCUGAUCAACCUUGUGCUUUGUGUGCAGUAUCUGCGGACAGAGACGUGCGAGCUAAACCUACAACUUUUAAGUGCACAACUUUAUCUCAGAUCCAAAACGAUGACUUCCUCUGUCCGUCAAGUCGUCUUUGCCUGCCUUCUGUUGGCCGUAAUUGCACACACCGAUGCCCGAAGGCGUCGACCGUUUAUUCCUGGCAAGACAGAGCCAAAGGUUACCGACGCACCCGUGGCCGUUGAAGAGUUUCAAGACACUCGUGAACAGGAUGACAGGAACAGGGUGCUGGUUGAUAUGGAGCGCCGCAUGGCCAAUAUAGAAGAGAGCACAUCGAUAAUGAAAAGAGAGAUGCUGGAGACCAAAUCGGAGAACACCAGACUCAAGGAAGAGAUCCAGAGAAUGAGCGGUCUCAUGGAGGAGUUAGACGCGGCCAAUGGGCGAGUAGGCGAACUCGAGUGGAUGCUCAGCAAAUUUGAGAACUUCUUCGGCGUGCUGUACAUAGAGCACCCGGACUUCUUCGCCCGGGAGAUGACGGUGGAUAAACGGCUGUCGGCGCUUAACGAAUACAUCGGCAAUCGGGAAGCUGAGCUGAUGGCGUUGCGGCCCAACCCGCCAGUGGUGACGGCUGAUCCGGCAGAGAACCCGGUCGACGAAGAGCUGAUGGGUGUGGUGAUUGAGGAGCUCAGUUCAGAGAACGCCAAACUAAAGAGGCGACUGGACGAUAUGGAGACCAGAAUGGUGUCCGUACCGGGAAAUUUACCGGAUGGCAGCCGCGGUGGCCCAGCAGUCACCCAGCCAGAUGAGGAGACCCGGGACAGGCUGACGCGAUUGGAACGGUUAAUGGCGCUUCAUUUUGCACCACAGCUGGACGAAGAAUAUCCUGGUCAGAAUCCCGACUCCGACGCAGGAGGCAAGCGGCUCGUAUCAGGUGGUAGCACAACGCAGCGAGUACCCCUUAGCGAGUCAGACACGGAGAUAUUGAAGGAAGAGCUGGAUAGCAUCCGUUCGAUAUCAAGUACCAGGAAGAGUGUGUUCUCAGCUGCUGCUACCCGACAUGUGAACGGCGAAGCCCUUGUCCAUAAACCUGUCUUUUUCGAUCACGUUUUCUCAAACAAGGGAAACCACUUCAAGGAACACAACAGCACUUUCAUCUGUGGUAUCACUGGUUACUACUUCAUCACCUUUACUGUUCGUUCCUAUGACAACCGGCACCUUGGCAUCAAUAUGCUCUUGAAUGGCGACCGAGUGACGUCAGUGAGUGGUGAGAAAGAUCAAGAGAGAAACCAGAUGAUGACGCAAUCCGUAGUGCUUCAUCUGUCUCCAGGUGACAAGAUAUGGUUGACUGUAUCUCCAGCUACCACCUAUGCAAUCUACAGCGACCCUGGGGGCAAGUACUGCACGUUCAGCGGGUUCUUACUCUUCAAGGGGUCCCAACUUGGCUUUGUUCAGGUCGACAGUACUUCCAACUUCUCCAACGAACCAACAGCGACCUUGGCCAAUAAGUCAGGCAGACAACGUGAAACAAUCAUGGCGGUGUCUCAGAAUAAACUAAGCUACAAGCGUCUCUUCUUCAUUGUGAUCGUAUUGAGAGCCGUGCUAGCCAAGCCAUCACGUCACACCCACGGGGAAGCAUGGCCCGUUUCGGGAGUGGUACCGGUUCCCCCCGUGUCAGGCCAUCACAGUGCUCUGCCGCAUCGCCCGUGGUCACAAGGAAGGCCUUUGGCCACCCACAGAUGCACCUGUGAUGAGACGAGAUUGUCCCAGACAGAGCAGGGCAUAGCUGAUCUGAUCAGAAGAAUGGAAGAGCUGGAAACGCAAAGUAAUGAGGAGAGUGCAACCCUACUGACGCUGGAGGAUUCGAACCACCGACUUCAGACACAGAUCUCAAGGGUUGUGGGUGAAAACCAGAGGUUGACACGGUUGAACCGGUCACUUCAAACCAAAUCUGACGCUAUGACCGAAGAGAACCUGCAGCUACGCGCCCAGAACGAACGUUUGCGUAACAAGCAAGACCAACCUCAACCUGUCGUCGAUCGUCUCGUCGAGCAAGUCCACGACGACCCGGUACAACGCCAACGAUCCUCAUUACAGAACCUGAAUGACAUCAUGGGUAAUCGAGAGGCUGAACUGAUUGAGAUGGGUGUAUUUCCACAAAUGGAACCAGCAACGCCCGAAGGACCACCGAUAAUUCGCCCGGACCGCCGAAGAGGCAGCACUUUCUCUACUAUGGCAGGUUCGGCAUCGAUGCUACCCGACUCAGAACAAAUUGCGACUUCGUUGUUGGCUUUGAAUCAGGAAAAUGACAACUUGAAGAGAAGGAUUGGACAGCUAGAAGAAAGACUAAAUCAGCAAGGGAGACAGCCAGAUCUGAUGGGGCCCGCCCCUGGUAUGCUAUGGCCUCAGGUCCGCCCAACAUCCCCCUCUGGCCAAUCAUCCAGCGAACUCGCGGAGAAGAUCUCCCAGGUAGAGCGUCUCGUCCUCGUUGCCCUUCACCACAACCCGACCGGACCGUCAGCUGGCCAUAUCAUGCCCCAGCCAAACAUGGAAGAAUAUCCAGGACAUCAGAGCAGGCCGGAGGGACCACUGACAAAUGAUGACCAGGAACGAGGCAGCGCAAGCCAGCCCACGCAAACGUUUAGCGUUCCAGCAACAGAUAGUGUUCUGAGUGAUGAUGACCUAGAAGCCAUGGCGGAUGUAGUAGACAGAGUGCGAAACAAAAGUCCAGCCAAGAGUGCCUUUUCUGUUGCCAGUACCGGUGUCACAGUCGGCGCAACUGAUGAUCCACGUGCCAUCGAGUUCGACCACGAGUACGUGAACAAAGGCGGGGACUUCAAGAGGCGAAGGAGUCGCUUUGUUUGCGAGAACCCUGGUUUUUACUACGUUACAUUCACGCUCCGUUCCUAUGAUAACAAGUACCUUGGCGUAUCACUUAUGAAGAACGAGGAACUCCAGACGGCAGUGUACGCCGACUCCAGCGAGCGUAACGUGAUGCAAUCCCAGGCCGUCAUUCUUCACCUUGAGCCGGGAGAUGAGCUGUGGCUUAGACACGCCCCGUCCGAGCACUUUGCCGUACAUUCUGGGGAACAUCGCUUCGUCACUUUUAGUGGGUACUUGAUCUACAGAGGAUACUAACCCUUUAACCAGGGUUGAUGAAGAAGAUCAAAAAGGCAAGGUUCUAAGGACUGAUUUGAUAUUUUAUGGUUCUUAAUUUUGGCUUUAAAAUGACGGCAAAUAUAUCUACAAAUAUUCAUCUGCCUGUUAUCAUUAUUGCAAUCAAUAAAGUAUAAUUCAUGAUGUAUUUUCAGUUUUUACUUUCACAGAUUUCAGUUGCACCUUUUCACUUUUAUAUAAAGAUAACGUGCGGUUUAAUUUUUUUUGUCUGACUGACGUGGAGCAAAGUUCCAGGUUAUGUGCUUCGAGAGAUUUGGACACUUCAAGUUGUAGCGAGGACAGAGCAAGGCAACAGAGGAUAUUGACCUUGUGUAAACUAUUUUUUCCAGACACAAAGUGUAAAUAUCACCCCAUCAUUAUAAAUGCAAAGUGUAAUUGUGUAAUUGUCAGAAAUUUUACUACCUGGUCCUUUUUUUCACCCUCCCGUAAUGUGUCACAGCAGAGGGCGCGUCCCUUGCUUAGCUGAAGGGGGCAACUGUGGUUCUAGUGAUUUCAGAAGUAGUUAUUACAUGCAACCUCUCCAUUAGAGAAAGUUCAGUGAAUUGUUUUAACGAAACAAAACUACAUGCGGCAGAAAGAGGGAAAAUCACCGUUUUUACCAGUUUACUUUAUUUCUUGUUACAUGACAUAAGCAAACAAGUUAACAUGAACCUGCUGUGAAAAAAUCCAAGCUCAAAUAUGAUUUUGAAAUCUCAUCACAAUUAUUAUAAUGUACUUGUCAAUUUUAGGCUGUUCUGCAAGGGGAAUGGUAAUUUGGCAUAUCAUUUUCUGGAACUGCGAUCACGUAUUCGUGGGCAUGGGCGAGUAAUUUUAUCCUAUGCUGUUCCAAAAAUUUGACAGGGACACUUUCUUUUCAAACUCACAAGAUGGCACUGUUGCUUUCUUGUAACGUGGGGCGCGAUUUAUUAAUUAAUAAACGUAUCAUCAGAAAAACAAA